AUUAGAAUAUAAAUAUAAUUUAUAAAGUGUUUCAAUUAUAAAACAAAAUAUGGCCGAUGUAAACAAGAUACUGAAACUUGAUAGAGUGUAUACAAAUUUGGAUUAUUUGAAAAUAACGUUACCCAGCGAUCCAGAUUGGCAGUUGAGUACUUAUAAAAAAUUGGUAGAAAAACAAAGAGACAUGAGCAAGCAAGAAAAUAUGGUAGAUGAUCCAGUUUCAAUGGCGUCGUCCUUAAAAGUUGGGUAUUUAUUCGAAACUGCGUUUCAUACAUCGCCAAAAGAAACUGACGAAUUAUUGGAUGAGGAUUACAUAUUGGAAUUUGAAAAGGAAAUAGUUGUCGAGGAGUUCGACCGAAAUACUGAGCUCUGGACAAACCGUGAGGUGGUGCUUGCGGCUAAAGUUCUAAGUGCAAAAAAUCCUAAGAAACAUGGUAUAAAAUUUGCUUCUGAUAACCAGAUGAGAAGAGUGUAUGACAUAAUAUUUGAAGUGUUUAGAUAUAGAACGAUUAUCAACGACAUUUUAAAUAAUAUUGAUUUUGAAAACAUCUAUCCAAACUACUCUAAGAUGACACUUCUUGUAUGGCUGAUGUCUUUUGAUUAUUACCGAAAUAAAUUUAAACCAAGAAAAUUAGAUGAAAAAGAGAUAUUGAGUUUCAAGACAUUAAAAUUGAUUGAAAUAGCUGACAUUUUAAAAGAGAUAAAAAUUCAAUUAGCCGCAUCUUUUUCGAAAUUUCGAAUAAAACAUUGCGCUUUAUCACUGUCUGAUAUGCUGCCAAGACAUUUACGUAAUGAGCGAUUCAAAAAAUCUUCAGAAACCGUAAUUAGUUGUUGGAUAAACACUUUCUUGACCAGCACAGAGAACGUUUUAACUGUAUUAAGUGAAUUAGGACUAACUCAAAUGAAGAAUUUUGAAGAUUUAAUUCCCGAAACAUUUAAAAUGGAUCAUUUAUUGCCUUAUUUUAUACAUAUUUAUCCAAAAGAAAAAUCGGAGUUUUUAAAAAAAAUACCAUUGUUCCAGAAACAUUUAUUGAUUUUGCAGGAACGCAGAUAUUGUUUGGGCCCCGCUAUGCUAGACCGAACGAUGAGCGCCAACAAGCUGUGCGGUAACGUAGCUCAGACGCAUUUUACGAUCCAGACGGCUGUCGCCUACCUGGCAUCUCUGUUGUUCAAACGGAAGCAAUCACUCAUCGUUUACGGGGCCGCCGAAAGGAAAAACGACUAUUACAACUAUUUCGUUAGCCUGGGAGUGCAGAACUGCAAAUUGCUCACCGAAGAUUUCCUCCAGUCGAGCUCCAACAAUCAGCUGUCGUUGGAUAUCGUGUCCGUUCUGGCUACACCGCCAAACACCAAUACUGGGGUCACGGACCCCGUUCAGUUGGUGUGUUCAAAAGGUGGAGACCUGACGUUGCUCAGAGCCGUGGCGUCGUUGGACUACACCGAAGAGUCAUCAGACAUACCUUGCAUGUUGGAUCAGAGAGAUACUCUGCGAAUGGCCAUGUCUAAACCUCAGGUGCAAAUCGUGGUAUACGAAACGCAUUCCCGGUUGGAGUUGGAAAACGGUGGUAUGGUCAAGGCGGUGGUAGAAGAGAUGAACGGAUGGGCGUACGAGAAGCACAACAUGGACAAUUAUUCAUCGGUGAGCGCCGAAGAUAGCAACAAAUUCAGCACUUCUGUUGAAACACCCUGGCGACCGGCAGUUUUCCAUCCGGUUCAGAUUCCCGACAAAGAUCGGUUUGAGACGAUGAUACUGUAUCCGGAUAAGACAAUUGAGAAUAUGGAAAAGAAUCAUGUUACUGGAAGUCUUUAUUUGGCCGCCGUCAAAAGAGUGGAAUUGAUGACUUUCGACGCUAACCAUUUGAUACGAAUGGCUGAGCAAAGAGGGCUGUUCGGCAAGCCGGUGAAGGGACGUAAACAGAAGAUUCCCAGUCCCAUUAUACUGUUGUCUCUGACCAAUAGCGAUGAACCCAGAGUCAUGUUGAAAUUUGAACAAAUGCACGUUUUGACGCCUACACACGCGUUUCUUCAACGUUGCGCCAACAAAACACUACAGUGUCCUCGUUAUGAUAAGCCGUACGACAAGACUUCCGUAGCUGUCCGCUGGUGGAGAAUAAGCAUACGCCAUGUAAUCAAAGCAUUGAGAAAACCUUUUUUUGCGUGGACCAAAGUGCAAAUGGUUAGGUUUGGAAAACGUACAAACAGAAUACCACUGAGAUUGAAAAAAGUCACUACGUCUUUCAAACCGCAAAAAUUAAAACGGAUUUAUUCGUGUUCAUAUAUAUGUUUGUGACGUAUAGUAUAAUUAAUUGAAUACAUCAAUAAUAAUAUGUAAUAUCAUAUAUUAAAAACAUAAAUAUAAAUAUUUUAUUAACUAACUCUCUUUUGUUAACAGCAACUUGUAAAGGUCGUGUGUGCGCUUCUUCAUCACUAUAGUCUUAACAUUUGGUAUUAUAUUAUUUUCUUGAAUUUUUGGGUGGUUGCCAUUGUUUUAAUUUUAUUCAGCUGUAUUUGUUGUCCAGUUGCACUUUUAAGUAUUUUGAGGUU